AUGAAGUUCCACGUGAUCACCCUGCUCGCAGCCAUCUUGGGUCCGGCCGUGGUGGCGGCCCAAGGCGUUACCGAGAAGAUUGCGCCGACCGCCACUGGUGCCGCUGGCUGUGAGCCCACCAUCGAUGGUAAAUUCGAGAUCGCCAUCGUGGAUGUGGGUAGUGUCCAGAAGCGCGACUUUAUCGAACACAAGAAGCGCACCGCUUGCACUGGCAACGGUGUCCUGCUUGCCGAACUCAACGAUGGAGUCAUUACCGAUUCUGCCGGUCGCACUGGCUACAUCGCCAGCAACUAUCAGUUUCAGUUUGACGACCCCCCCCAGGCAGGUGCCAUCUACACGGCUGGUUUCUCCCACUGUCCCAACGGCUCCUUGGCUUUGGGUGACUCCGCUGUUUGGUACCAGUGCCGCUCUGGCAACUUUUACAACCUGUACGAUCGUUACUGGGCCGAGCAAUGCUCUCCAGUUGAGAUUCUGGUUUUGCCCUGCGGUGGUGCCGGCGUUGUCGACAAUGGCCAGCACACAGUCGGCACCGAGAUGGCCACCACCACCGUGGUGAUCCCCUUGGCGGAUGGGCAGCCUCAGGUUGUCACGACCACUGUGCCAAUCCCGAUUUGCCAAAUCGGCGAUGGCCAGAUUCAGGGCCACACCACGCCCUGCGCGGCACUGACGGUUCCUCCCUCUUCGGCCGCAUCUGUCAACAUCCCACCUGUCUCUCAGCUCUCGGAUGGACAGAUCCAAGUUACGCAGAAGCCCACUCCCACGCCUUCUGCGGCUGGUGGCCCUCUCCCGCCAACGAGCAACGAGACCAUCCAAACCCCCGGUGUUGUUCCCACAGAGCCAGCCGUCGUCCCCACUAGAGCUCCGGGCGUCAACUCUGCCGGCAGAUUGCAAGUGGCCUCCGCCCUUUUGGUGGGAGUCGUCGGCAUCUUCUGCCUUCUCUAACCGCCUUCCACCGCCAGCCUAACCGGCAACUCAUCUCUACCAGACCAUCUUUUUCACGAACCCUGACCGCCUCUACAUUGUUAAUUCUUUUUCUUUUCUUCGGGCAAGGCGCGUUGUUUUCUCGCCUUUUAAUGGGUCAUCAAAAAGCGGGGGGAUCUGGGGGAAAGGGGAAUCAUGGGCACGAUAAUGAUGAAAGCUAGGGGAGGCAAGCUAACACGAAGAUUUCACUUGUGUUUACUUUUGAGGUGGGUGGCAAUUUGAGGUCGUUUUCUUCUUUCCAGCUUUGUUCUCGGGAUUUCUUUUGCAGUUCAUGAUGACAUGGGGGACAAGAUACAUAGGACGUAAUCAGGGGGAGGUGAUAAUUACAUAGUUCCCCAUUACUGCGGCGAUCUUGUUUUCCGACGCUUCGUCUUUUUUGUAAGUAGAUGGGCUCUCGAGAGAGGAGGGCAAGCUUUAUACAAUGGGAGAAAGAUAUCUCGACAACUCUGG